AAUGAGUCGAUAGGUUCUUCCUUUAGAUGGAACAAGGAUGCCCGCAUUUGGGCGGGGAAUGUGGAUUCAAUAUCGAAGGUAGUUACAACAACGCCAGGAGAAGACAAACGAACGACACUCCCACCACCCACUCACAGAGAGACAAGGAGAGAAAUUGUAAGAAGCAGAAAUUAUAAGCAAAUAUUCCAAGGAAGCUAGCAAGGAAGAGAGGCCAGCCAGAGAAACAUAAUGGCACAUGCACAGCAACGGAGAGAGCCCGAAGAGUCCACAGAAGAAAAGGUGAAUGAUACGCCUGUUUCUUUCAAAUUCAAUGCCCAGGCACCUGAAUUCGUCCCAAGAUCACAGACCCAGAUGCCCAUUACCGGUUAUUUCUACCCCUUCUUUCCCUUUCUCGGUGGGAGCAGCGGCUCCGAUUGGUUUUACAUUGCAGAGCAAGAACCGGUCCAAUAUGUUGCCAAUUCGAAUGUCACGGUGCCCAACUCUUCGAAGAAUUUCCUCAGUGAUGAUCUCCGGCAGAAGAUCAUUAAACAGGUAGAGUACCAAUUCAGCGACAUGAGUUUGAUUGCAAGUGAUAUGCUGGCGAAACAUAUAAAUAAAGAUCCUGAAGGCUAUGUUCCAAUAUCCAUUAUUGCAUCUUCAAAGAAAAUAAAGUCUCUUGUUAGUAACAAUCAUUUGCUCGUCCAAGCACUCCGAGGCUCUUCAAAGCUUGUUGUGAGCGAUGAUGGAAAGAGGAUUAGACGGAAGCACCUUUUCACAGAGAGAGAAAAAGAGGAAUUGCAGUGUCGAACAGUCGCUGUUGAGAAUUUACCUGAAGAUUACUCUCAUCAAAACCUUGAAAAGAUAUUUGGUGUGGUUGGAAGUGUGAAGACAAUUCGAGUAUGCCAUCCCCAAGAAUCAAAUACUUCUCGUUCUAAAGGCGAUGUGUUAAUCAGUAACAAACUGCAUGCACUUGUGGAGUAUGAGACUGUCGACCAGGCUGAGAAAGCAGUUGAAAAGUUGAACGAUGAGAGGAACUGGAGAAAAGGCCUUCGUGUAAGACUGCUACAUAGACGCACGCCAAGAUCUAUUAUAAAAAGUAGGAAGCCGGACUACGACCAUUCUGAUAGGAACUCAGAAGAGGAUGAAGCACCACCGUCUGAAUCACUUGAAGACUCCUCUCAGCCUAAUAGCAUAGAACAUCCCAUGGAAAGCAAUGCUGAAGAUAGCUCCAGUGGAUCAAAGAAAGGGUGGGCAAGGGGCCGUGGGAAGUCCCGUGGGCGCUGUCAAAGUCACAACGGGCGUGGUCUGCUUGCACCUUCCCCACAAUCAACUAGCUCCGUCCUGUCUGAAGCAACAACGAUCAAACAAACUCCCAGGGGGCCAAGAAUGCCUGAUGGGACCCGAGGUUUCACCAUGGGCCGUGGAAAACCAUUGAGCUUGCCGUCUCAUACGACGUCUCAGGCCACUCUACCUCUCGACUGAUGAGUUCUGCUGCCUGCUGCUGCUCUUUAAAGUUUAAACUAUAUCUGUGUUCCCUGGUGAAUGCGCAUUAGGCGUCAUCGAGCGGUUAUUUAGCCAGUAAUAUUACGUGGGCCAGGUUUAUCGUCCAUUGGGUUGGUAGCAAUAAUUGAAGGCAUUGUUACAUUGCAAUCAGCAUAUCCAAAGGAAAAAAAAAAUCAUGGUUGGCUUCUUGAAUCUUUGGUGCAGUCUUCUAUUUUCUGUACACCUUCAUAGGUCUGCUUAGUUUUUUCUGUAUGU